AUGAUUCUAAUUCUACCAAAUUUCUUCUUCUUCUUAUGCAUCUUCUUCACUACCACCAUCUCUACCUCAACCCCAUCCUUUCCCUACGGUUUGUCCUCCUACCAUAUUAACUGCGGCACUUCAACUAACUUAACUGAUUCCUUCAACACAACAUGGCUCUCCGACCGUUUCUUCACCGGCGGAUCCGCCUCCGAUGUCUCCGAGCCUCUCCGCUUCAAACUCCCAUCCGAAAAAACGCUCCGGUUCUUCCCUUCUUCUUCCAACGGCAAAAAAAACUGUUACUCUUUCUCAUCUCUCCCCUCCGCACGUUACCUUCUCCGCACUUUCACCGUUUAUGAUAACUUCGAUGACAAGUCACGUCCUCCUUCCUUCGAUGUUGCCCUCUCCGGCACCAUUAUUUUCAACUGGCGUUCUCCCUGGCCGGAAUCCACAGCUCGCGACGGUGCUUACUCUGAUAUAUUCGCCUUCUUCAACACUUCUUUAUCCGCAGAUCUUUGCUUCUAUGGCUUCGCUACUGAUGCUCCAAUCGUCUCUUCCAUCGAGCUUUUUCCUGUUGAAUCUGCUUCAUAUGAUUCUAACUCCACCGGAGAUGAUCUCAUUCUUGUUAACUACGGUAGAAUCUCAUGCGGCUCAGGCGAUCCUUGGGGUCCUGGCUUCACCAAUGACACCGACUGUUGGAAAUCUUGGAAUGAUGACAACUUGGAUUGGGAAUUGGAAUGA